AUGUCGGGUGGCUCCCGAAGCCGAGAAGGCUGCUUUAAUUGUCGAAAGCGCAAACGAAGAUGUGACGAACAAAAGCCAAUUUGUCAAAGAUGUCGCAAGAUUGGAGAUGAUUGCGUCUUUCCGUCUUCGCUAAACACCUUCAAGUUUGUCGUGGUAGCAUCUGAUGAUCAUCAUAUGAUACCGAUUACCCAAAACAUUAGUUUCUUAAACCUUUCGACUCAAGAACUUGUCGCUAUUUCUAAUUCGAAAGGCGGUGUUGUGCAGAAGUCAUCACUUCCUCGCGUCCUUUCACCGUUUCCUUUUGAGAUAACAGGAAUAGAAAAUGCUCUUGUACAGUAUUACGUUGAAGUCAUAUCUACCAGUAGAGUUUACGUGGACACGACUCGGAAUGGCUUCCGUACAUCAGUCAUACCUCGAAUGUUUUACCAAAAUUCUCUCCUCUACGCAGUCCUAUCCAUGAGCGCAGCAGAAUGGUCACAAAACGGCAACACCGAUUACAGCGGUCUUUCGAUGCAGUACAAGGUUCGGGCACUCCACCAACUCCAACAAGCUUUACUCGACUCCCAGGACAGUGAAGGCAAUCUACUUACCUGUGUUCUUCUGUCAUCUCUCGAGAUAGCUCAUGGUUCUUCAACAUGGCUUCAUCAUCUGCAAGGUGCUCUCGCUCUUCUCGAAAGUUUCGGAACGAUCAUCGACUCAGAUGUAGCCGAGUUCGUAUUGCAGUAUUUUCGUUUUCGCUACAUUUUGAUGGAGACGACUCAGCCGACACAUGAUGACACAGUGAAUCAAGCGAUGGCGAGCUUGACCAGGAUUGAAGCAAGUCUGUCAAACGACCGUAAUCUCGUUGAUGAGCAGAUAGGUUGUUCGAUGCAACUAGUCGAUAUUAUUAACGAGAUUUCGUCGCUCGCCUAUAUUCCCAAAGAUCAGCUAUACACCAAAGGCCAAGAAAUCGAACAGAGAAUUGAAGAAGCUUUGCAAGGCAGUACCGACUACUACCUUUCGAGGAGUGCAGAGUCGUUCAGGAUUGCGGCUCAGAUCUACCUUCGUUUUGUUUGUUACGACACCUCCAUUACGCAUCCAUCAAUUCUCGAGCUCCACGAACAACUCCUCUUGUGUCUUUCUGACAUCAUUGUCAAAGGACAAAAGAGACGAUCGUUCCCAAUGUGGCCUCUCUUUUUGGCUGGUUGCGCAUGUUCUUCUGACCAACAACGCAAGGUUGUGUUGGACCAUUUUACUCUGUUGGAUAGUAAAUGGCCUGUGAGCAACAUUUCAGCAGUUUGGAAUGCUCUUAAACUUAUAUGGCACACCCGCGACUUACAAUCUACCAGCCAGGAUUGGAGAGAGGUGAUUAAAAAAUUUGGAUGGAAGUUGUCUCUGUCAUAA